CCCCGCCGUGACGUCACUGGUCGAGGCCACCAGCGAACCACGCCUCCUUUGUCCGAUCGCCCUCUGCCCUGACUGAAAACGUCAUUCGGAGAAUUUGGAACAUCUUCGUCGGGUGGUCAAGCGAAAGGAAAGGGUCACAGGGCGACGGGAUUGCAAUUCAGUCUGGAAGAUGUCGGUAAGGGUGAACUUGGACGAGCCGCGGUGGGACCAGAGCACCUACAAUGGUCGUGCUCAGCACUUUUUUUCGACCACCAACCCCCUCAAUCUGCUGUGUUCGUCGUCCGAGCUGGAUGAAGCCAAAGAACUUGUCACUAAGUACAAACAGGGAGUUGAGAUUCCUGGACUGACAGAAGACAAGAUCUGGCGGGCCAAGCAAUUGUACGACUCGGCAUUCCACCCCGACACAGGGGAGAAGAUGCUGCUGAUCGGCCGGAUGUCGGCGCAAGUGCCAAUGAACAUGACCAUCACUGGUUGCAUGAUGACUUUUUACAAAACCACCCCAGCUGUCGUCUUUUGGCAGUGGAUUAACCAGAGCUUCAACGCCGUAGUCAAUUAUACAAAUCGCAGUGGCGAUUCACCCAUUACUGUCAAACAGCUGGGAACAUCAUACGUUUUGGCCACUGGAGGUGCCCUAGUCACUGCUUUAGGCUUAAAUAGCCUCGUCAAGACGGCGCCUGCUCUGAUCGGACGUUUUGUGCCGUUUGCUGCCGUGGCCGCUGCAAACUGCGUCAACAUCCCCAUGAUGAGGAUGAAGGAAAUUCAAGAGGGCAUCCCUGUCGUUGACGCCAAUGGAAACAAAUUGGGAGAAUCGAAAGUUGCCGCCAAAACAGGAAUCAUCGCUGUCGUCCUUAGCAGGAUCGGCAUGGCCUCUCCGGGCAUGGUUAUUCCUCCUCUUGUUAUGAACACUCUGGAGCGUAAAAAGGUACUGGCGAAAAUUCCAUGGGCCAACGCACCGUUGCAGGUGCUCCUCUGUGGCUUCUGUUUGACAUUUGCCACUCCGAUGUGCUGCGCUCUCUUCCCCCAAAAGGCCUCCAUAGCCGUGGCAGACCUUGAGCCAGAGCUAAAGGCCAAAAUCGAAGCAAUGCCUAAUGCCCCAACCACUGUGUACUACAACAAAGGUCUGUAAAAGGAAGAUUACCUGGGAGCAAGAGCAAAAUUGACAAUAAUAGCGGCGUAAAAAAUCGCCGUGAGAUGCAUGUGUAGAAAAAAGUAGUUGGGUAUAUCAAUGUAGUUAAGGUAUAAAUCUUUGUGCAAAGCCACUCAGAUAAGAUCUUGUGCCAUUCAGGUGCAAAUGAAAAUAAUUCUCAUGUGCAAUGUAGUUGUGAGUGCCAUUUUUAGUUCUGGAUGGAAUUUUGCCCAUGGCCGCAAGUUGAUUUUUAUGGAUGUUGAUGGAUCCGCUAUAAUUUAUUCUUGGGCAAUGUGCCAAGUGCACAAUAAAUGCAAUUAUACAUGAAGAAAAAUAACUGCCGUUCAAUUAAAAGUGCAAUAAUGUGAUUUUUAAACUAGACGCAUUGGUUCCUAGAAAUAUUUUCUUUUUUUACACACGUUGAUUUACCUCAGAAGCGCACAGCAGUUGUUGAAACAUCACUUGCCUCACUCGGAUCACACAUUUUAGUAAGAGAAUUUUUUGCGCAAGUACUUUUGCAUUCCAUAUCUAAAAAUGAUAUAAUGUUAAGAACAGCUGAAGCUGUCGAUAUAUCUGUUUUAUCCGCAGAGUGAUUUAUCAAAGUGGUUGUGCUGUCGUGUUGUGAAAGUUUAUUGACGCACAAACGCUUUUUUUAAGUCCAUAUUAAUAUAAUUGUUAUUGUGCAUGAAUAAUUGAAACUAAAAAAAUUCUGUAUGUGCUGUGGGGCUCAACUCUGUUGGACAAUAAUAAAAUGCAAUCGUUGUUGAUCAA